CUUCACACGCAGGCACCAGAAGAAAAGAACACCAGAACCCCUUUGAAGCUCCUGCCGGACCGCUACAAGAUCCUGCCGGACCGCUACAAGCUCCUGUCGGACCGCUACAAGCUUCCGCCGGACCGCUACAAGCUCCUUGAAUUUCUCUCCACUGCGUCAAAAAAUUUAUGGCAUCCAAGCAUCUCCUCGUAAAUCAAAGAAGCAAAUCGGUAAAGAAAAUCAACGAAGCUAGUCAACAAAGGAAAUCAACAAAGCAAAUCAACCGAGCAAAUCAACAAAGCAAAUCAACCGAGCAAAUCAACUAUAUUCCAUACCAUAUUAUUACUUCACGAAAAGGUUUGGAGCGUUUAUGUACACAUGUUCAAAGUGGGGUAUUUUAAUUAUUUUUCCCAAUUAAUUAACUUCCCUGUAACUUAUUUCUCACUAGAAAUCAGACAAAACGAAAUGAUAUUCCAGUGAAAAAGAUCUUUCAUGUUUCCCCCAGAGUUUGGUUCUUGCUGUACGCAUCGGCGUGAAUCGCAGAUGUCGCCGCCCACUCAAUGAAUCCGAAUCGGCCAAAGUUUAGAUUGCCGCAGCUUUCGACUUCUCCAAAGUUUGCGAACAAUGUUUCCUUCAAAACGUCAAUGAAUUCGAACCUCAAAAUGCCUAGGAGAUCACUCCUUAAACCAACCCUAACCCUCGUCAUAGUCAUUUCCAUCUUUGCCCUCUACGCCUUCUUUAAUUCCUUCAUCUUCUCUAAGCCGCUGGCCGUCAACAAUGGAAUCGGCAUUUUGGGUUCAUCAAGCAAUGGAGAGUAUUUCGAGGCGGAACCACACGUAUCCGUUAAGGUUUAUAUGUACGAUCUGCCAAGGGAGUUUACCUAUGGGGUGAUUGAGAGCUACAAUUUGGCCCGAGGAGGGGAGAAGCUAAAAGAAGACUCUUUGCUCAAGUACCCGGGUACUCAGCAUGCGGCCGAAUGGCACCUCUUCACAAGCCUAAUCAUCAGGGAUCAUGGCCGGAUGGGGUGGUCCGUCAUUCCUGUGUCCGAACCCGAUCAGGCCGACCUCUUCUAUGUGCCCUUUUUUUCUUCCUUGAGCCUUGUUGUUAAUCCUGUGAACCGGCCGCGUUCAGGGGACGGGCCUGUGUAUAGUGAUGAGAAGAUGCAGGAUGCUUUGAUUGAGUACUUGGAACAACAAGAGUAUUGGAAUAAGAAUAAUGGCUGGGAUCAUGUAUUCAUAUGUCAGGAUCCGAAUGCCUUGUACAAAGUUGUGGAUAAGGUGAAGAACGGAGUGCUGUUGGUAUCAGAUUUUGGUAGGUUGGCUCAUGACCAGGCCUCACUAAUUAAGGAUGUCAUCUUGCCUUACACACAUCGUAUUAAUACAUAUAAGGGAGAUAUCGGGAUUGAAAAUCGCAAGACACUGCUUUUCUUCAUGGGAAACCGGUAUCGGAAAGAGGGAGGAAAAAUUCGCGAUUUGCUUUUUCAAGUUCUUGAGAAUGAAAAUGAUGUUAUUAUAAAACAUGGUACUCAGUCUAGGGAGAGCCGUCGUGCAGCAUCCCAUGGAAUGCAUACUUCAAAAUUUUGUUUGCAUCCAGCUGGUGACACGCCAUCUGCUUGCCGUCUGUUUGAUGCUAUAGUGAGCUUGUGCAUUCCUGUCAUUGUUAGUGACUAUAUUGAGUUGCCCUUUGAAGAUGUCAUCGACUACAGAAAGAUUGCAAUUUUCGUGGAUUCGGGCACAGCGGUUAAGCAAGGGGCCUUGGUUGAAAUUCUGAGGGCACUGAGCAUGGAGAACAUUUUGGAAUUUCAAGGAGAGUUAAAAAAGGUUAAGCAUUAUUUUGAAUACGAGGACCCGAACGGAACAGUCAAAGAAAUAUGGCGUCAAGUUUCAUCAAAGUUACGACACAUCAAAUUGAUGAUCAAUCGUGAUAAGCGACUUGUGAAGAGGGAGUUGAAUGAACGCCUGGAUUGCUCUUGCCUUUGCUCUAACCAGUCGAGGAUUCAUACAACAUUCUGACUGCUUGUUUUCUACAUUUUAUUCAUUCGUUCGUGUGACUGUUAUACGUUGGUGGCUCAGUAUAAGACUAUAAGAUACCCAAACGUUGUAAUUGCAGAAAGGUAUAAAAAGUUAGGAGCAAUGUUAUGAUGUAUAUUCACGGUCUGUGCAUUAUGUUACCGAGAGUAUUGUAGUCUAUUGUAACUGGCGGAAUGUAAUAUGUGAAGGAAAUUGAAUAAGGAAAAUAGCCCUUCUGGUAUUUUCGUUGUAUCCACUGGUUAAGGAGAAAAUAAAAUGACCUUUCCCGUUCCUUUCCAG